AUGCACAGUCGCUUUAUUGUCAAUGUUCCUGAUGAAGAGCUCGAAUCAAUUCAACGAGUCUGUUUCCAGAUCGAACAAGCUCACUGGUUCUAUGAGGAUUUUGUAAGAGAAGAGAAUCCUCGCCUGCCAUCACUAUCACUCAAGCACUUUUCGCUGAUGCUGUUUCGCCACUGUCCACUACUCCAUCACUGGGCAGAUGACCAUGAGCAUGCAUUUGCUCGCUUCAUGGAAUACAAGACUCGUGUUCCUGUUUGUGGUGCCAUUAUUCUCAACCACAAUCUAACAAAGAUCCUGCUGGUCAGAGGCUGGAAAUCGUCGGCUUCGUGGGGGUUUCCAAAAGGAAAAAUCAACAAGGACGAACCAGAGAUUGCUUGUGCUGUUCGUGAAGUCUACGAGGAAAUUGGGUUUGAUACUAGCCCUUAUAUCCGCCAAAAUGAAUAUGUGGAACGAACAAUGAGCGAACAACAUAUCCGUCUUUAUAUUAUUGCUGGAAUUCCUGAAUCAACGGAAUUCUCUACAAAGACUCGCAAAGAAAUUGGGGUAAUAUUGCUGACUAUCUUUGGUCUCCAGCAUUUUUCAGCUGCUUCUUCUACAAACAUCGAUGGCAGUCCAAAAAAGCUAAAAUUCUACCUAGUGACUUCCUUUGUGAGUGCUCUUCGUCGUUGGGUUUGUCGC